AUGUUCUUCGCUGACUGGGCCGGUCCUUGCAAGCUUCUUCGCCCUAACUUCGAUUCGUUCAGCUACGACUACCCGACCAUCAUAUUCUACGAAGUUGAUCCUGACGACCCUGGGAAACUCACUGCCGAUUUAGGUGUUACUUCAGUGCCUACCUUCUUCUUCUUCUUUUUCUUCACAGACGGCGCACAACUCAAUAACCUCACC